UGCUCGGUAACGCUUGCCUUCCAGGCGGCAAAUACAUUUAGUGCGCAUGCGCAAGAGACUUGCUAUAUUGUUGAUUAGCCACCCACAUCAGCUACAGCACCCCGGUCGGUAUUAACUCACAACCCAGUCAUUUGAGGAUGUCUGCAACACAAAAUAUUGGCAACAAAGAGUAUUUGAAGAAAAGGAUUCCACAAAAUCCACGAUACCAGCAUGUGAAGUCAAGACUGGAUACUGGCUGCAGCCUGACUAAGCAAAUGGAGAGACUUGAAGAAAUAAAGAAAAACUACAGAUACAGAAAGGAUGAACUUUUCAAGAGGCUUAAAGUGACAACUUUUGCUCAGCUGGUGCUUCAAGUUGCUUCAAUCACAGAUCUGAAUGAGACUGUCUUUGGAACAGAAACACAAGAUGAUACCUGUGGACAGCCAGAAACAGAUGCCAUCCAUUUAGCAGAGACAUCAAGUAGGAUACUGCAGCCCUCACCAACGCAGCUCAGUAAUAAUGACGAAUCUGGAGACUCUGUAUUUACUCCUAGAUCCACGCUUCAGAGUGUGAUCAGUGGUGUUGGAGAACUGGACCUUGAUAAAACUGAACCCAACCCUGUUGAUCUGAUGCCUGUGUCCAGUCCAAAUGUUCAAGAGAAGCCUUACCCUGAUUGUCCAUACUUACUGCUAGAUGUACGUGAACGAGACCUAUAUGACCAGUGUCAUAUCACCAGUGCAUUUAGUUUUCCCAUUGCAACCCUUUCACGGACAAUGAACCCUUUCACCAAGGAAGUGCUGAAUUAUAAAAAUGCGAUUGGAAAGAUCAUCAUCGUCUAUGAUGAAGAUGAGCGGGUGGCGAGUCAGGCAGCUACCACAAUGUGUGAACGGGGUUUUGAGAACCUCUUCAUGCUCUCUGGAGGCUUGAAAGUUGUAACACAGAAAUUUCCUAAUGGAAUGACGACAGGCUCAAGUCCUCAGGACAUAGGACAGAGACGCUCCGCCCUAUCUCUCUAUCAAGGCUCACCUGAAACUGGGAAGAAAUGGAGAUUCACUGCUGAAGACCUGGACAAGAUCCAAAAUAAUUUUACGGAGUGUUUUAUGCCUGGUAACCCCAACAGCCGUCUCAGCAGAAUGUCUUCGGGCAGCGCACAGUCCAAAUCAUCUCGUGUGGAAAGUCAGCAGUCCCUCUCGGUGACUGACAGGGUCAAAGUUCAAAGUGCCAGACCCUGGAAGUAACCAGAACCAUCACGUCUUCCCACAUGUGAUGGAAACAUAUUUCCACUCGACUAUAAUGUGUACACAUUCGAUCAUUCGAAAAGGGUUGUUUGUUUUUCUACUUCCACUAAUAAAUCUUACUUUAAUAUGAAAUUGCAUAUGUGAAGCAAUAGUAGGCUACAGGUGGUCAAUUCAGGGUUCUAUGUAACACUUAGAUUUGAUGCAGCAGGGCUAUAACCAUUGUUAGUCAGUGGGACAAAUCUCUGUUCAAAAUGUAUUUUCCCCAAAUGCCACAUAUAAAAUGGUAAGAUCCCAAAUGAUAUGUCACUGGUCAAUGAGAAAGCUUUUUAAAUAUUUCAUAGAUAUUAUAUGUGCAUAUGUAAUUUUCAUUACUUUUUCAGAAGUCUCCGCAGUUUGUUUUAGUUAUGCUUAUCCGGUUACAUGUACAUCCUUUGUCAACCAGUGAAGUGCUACUGACUAAAGUGUGCCUUAUAGGACAAAUGCAAUAUCAUGUUCAUGAAAUGGGACAUGGGAAUUGUUGUUCUUCGCAUAUUUCGAUGCCCAUUUGGCAUACUCUGGCUUUUUUUAAUGGUAGGCUGUUCCGUAGAAAUGUUAAGUUUGCUAUCAGUCAGACUGAUGGGUGUAUGUGUCCAUUUCCAUGGUGAUUUGUCAAAUGCCAUUUUUUCAGACAUUAAAAUUUGGAGGAUUUCCUUUUCAGACAAAUUCCAUUUUGUUGAUUUCUUGUUCAAUCAAAAGAGCAUUGCUUUUUGGUUUAAGACCACUAUUAUUUGUCACUGUUAUUUAUUUUCAUUUAAGAGUUAGGCCCGAAGUUGACAUUAUAAUCAGAUGUUACACAAAACACAAAAUAAAGAAACAAAGAAUA